AUGUCAGCGGCCGAAGCCGACGAUACGGACGAUGAGCAGCAGCUUCAGCUGGAUCCGUUCUCUCAGCUGGAGGAGGAUUUGCGGAACAUGAAAUCCGUUAUUCAUGUGACGCGCGAAAAUAUCGACGCGUUGAAUGCAAAAUUUGCCGACUUUCAGCAACCGCCGGCCCUUUACCUGGAGGAAUACCAGGAGCUCACGUCCAAGCUGCACGACCUGGAGAUCAAGGAGCAGGCCUUGAUUGAUAGGAAAAUGCAGUUACAGAACGAGCAAACUGGCGAUCCGAGCGAACCACCGGAUCCCGAGGAGCGCGUUGAAAGCAUGUGCGGCACGCUGAGCAGGCAGUCAAAGAUGCUGCUGCGAGCCUUUCUACCGAACCAGCAGCGUACCUCGGUACAGGUGAUCCCCGGGAUGCGUCUUAAGGACGCGCUGGCAAAAGCACUGAAGCGGCGCAACUUAACGUGCGAGUUCUGUGAGGUGACGGCCGGAACUAGCGAGUAUCCCAUCCCGUGGGAAACGGACGUCAGCGCGCUGAACUGUGACGAGGUGUUCGUGCGCAUUCUGGACAUCGGGUUUCCCACCUACAUCUCGCACCAGUUCAUUCGCAAAACGUUCUUCUCGUUAGCGUUCUGCGAGUGCUGCCGUCGUUUGCUCUUCACCGGCUUCUACUGCAACCAGUGCAACUAUAGGUUCCACCAGCGGUGCGUCGACAAGGUGCCGCCGAUAUGCAGCAAACGACACAUGGACAGCACCUUCUAUCAUGUGUUGCUGGCGAACCCAGAAAGCACGGCCGGCAUUAUCAAUCCCGGGGCCGGUGGCUACAGUACGAAUUUGCGGCACCCGAGAUCAUUGAACCAGCAGGAUCGCUCCAAUUCGGCCCCGAAUGUGUGCAUUAACAGUGUGAUGAAACCGUUUUUCGGGACCGAAGGCCGAAACGUUAUAACCAACCGACCGCUGCAGGCUCAAACGAAUCAAGAGCAUUCACAUUCCACACAAGCGUCACCAACAAACACGCUGAACCACAGUAAACGCCCUAGGGCACGAUCGGCAGACGAGAGCAACAAGAAUCUGCUAUCACCUCGGGACUCGAAACAAUCGGACGAAAAUUGGAAUAUCCAAGCUGAAGAGAUUUUGAUCGGCCAGCGGAUCGGAUCGGGAUCAUUCGGGACGGUGUACAAGGCCCACUGGCAUGGCUCAGUGGCAGUAAAGACACUGAACGUGAAAACCCCAAGCCCGGCUCAGCUGCAGGCGUUCAAAAAUGAGGUCGCGAUGCUUAAGAAAACGCGCCACUGUAAUAUACUUUUGUUCAUGGGCUGUGUUAGCAAACCGUCACUAGCAAUCGUAACGCAAUGGUGUGAGGGCAGCAGCUUGUACAAGCACAUCCACGUCAACGAAACAAAGUUCAAGCUGAACACGUUGAUCGAUAUCGCCCGGCAGGCCGCCCAGGGCAUGGAUUAUCUCCACGCCAAGAACAUCAUCCACAGGGAUCUGAAAUCGAACAACAUCUUCCUGCAUGACGAUUUUUCGGUUAAGAUAGGCGAUUUCGGCCUGGCCACGGCCAAAGUGCGGUGGUCCGGAUCGCAGCAAUCGAACCAACCGACCGGCAGCAUUCUGUGGAUGGCACCGGAAGUGAUUCGCAUGAAGGAUCAGAAUCCGUAUUCGUUUCAGAGCGACGUGUACGCGUUUGGCAUCGUGCUUUACGAGAUGCUGACCGAGCAGCUGCCGUACAAUCACAUCAACAACAAAGACCAGAUACUAUUUAUGGUCGGCUGCGGCAAACUACGACCGGACCUGACCAAGGUAAGGUCCGACUGCCCUCAAGCCCUGAAACGGUGCGUUGAGGAUUGCAUCAAGUUCAAUCGCGACGAGCGGCCACUAUUUCGGCUAUUGCUAAACAUGCUCGAAACUAUGCUGCGCACUAUGCCAAAGUUCCAUCGUAGCGCCAGCGAGCCGAACUUUACGCAAACACAGCUACAAAAUGACGAUUUCCUGUACAUGUGUUCUAGUCCCAAAACUCCUGUGAACUUUCAUGAUUUCCAGUUCUACAAUGGCGCUGGGAAUUACUAG